AUGGCUCCUUUGGAUUUAGAAAAGGAUUGGCAUUCUUAUUUGGUUAUCGAUAACGUUCUCUAUUGCUAUAGUAAAAAUUCCGGUGAAAUCAAGUGGUACGACACUAAGAGUCACUACUGGGUGUAUAUGACGGGUCUGGAAGGACUGCCUACGUUAUCUAGUUGCAGUUCUAUUGAACUGGCGGAUUAUGGUGGGAAGCUGGCUGUUCUGUGGACCAGGUAUUUUCUUUCCGAGGAGACCGGCUAUGAGGGGACGAGGGUUUCGUGUGCGGUGGUUGUGCUUGAAAGACGCGGCGAGGAGAAUAUUUGGGGAACGGUCGAGUGGUUGGAUACUGCUGUUACUGUCCCAGACUUUUAUAGACUCGAGUGUCGUGAAUGUCCCAAACUGUGUGAGAGUGAAGGAGAUUUUGCAACAUAG